AUGAAUGCACAGCCCAAGAAUUACAACGAUCUUAGAUAUCGUGCAAGUUCUCUGAUGCUGCCGCCCAACGGCGCCCCGCAAGCCAGGGAACUCCUGGCAGGUGGCAGAAUGGAAUCACCCAAACCACCAGCAAACUUGCUUCCACGUCAUCAAAGCUACACCCCCAACCCUCGAGCAAUGUCACGCUCACGGACGCGAGAGCAGAGCGAGGCCUUGUUCACGAACGAUAUUUUUGACUUGAACGAGGCUGGUGAUUUUGAUGUGAUCCUGGAUGAGGAUAUGCCCGAGUCGGCUAGGAAGAAGAUUCGCCUCACCAACGGCAACAAAUUUGUGGAAGACAUCAAAACUGAGCCUACCAACCAGCAGAGCCUCGAUAGUCACAAGAUCUCCGGAGGUCACCAUUCUGUGCAUGACUCGAAAGACUUCGGCCGUCGCAAAUACAUCGGGGGUGACGACAAAUCUACGCCAAUUGACCUAACCCAGACCCCCGAUACCACUGCCUACCGGGCUACAGAUGUCGUCUUUGUGUCAUCUGACGAUGAAGACGACGAGUCUGUAAUAAUUCUAUCCGACCAAGCCGAAGACGUGAAACCGCAAAUCGACCAUGUUGACCUGGAUGGUGACACAACCAGCACUGGUGCGGAGGACCGUCCCAAUUUGCAUAAGCUGCGCAAGAAGUAUAUUCGCUUGGUCAGAAAGAGAGACAAGUUGAAAGAUAAAGAGGCGCAAGGCGUCUUGAGCCUGGAGGAUAACGAGCUCCUAGAACAAACAGAGAAGCAAAUCCCGGAGAUCGAAGAGGUAAUCAAUGCCAAUGUCGGCGACGAUGACUCCAGCGACUCGGACGAUGAUGACUCUGACAACUCUGACGACGAUACCCCCAAUGAGCAUGUUGGCCAAGCAGCAAACAACUUUGCUGAGGAAGACAGCGACGGAAAUGAUGUCGAUGACGACCCUGAAGACGGAGAUUACGAGCAUGUGGAGGAGAGCGAUCAUGAUGACGACGACUACCAGCUCACCAAGAGCAAGAAUCCAAAGAAAAGAAAGCAAGGGGCCAAGAGCCAGGCUCCCAAAUCUCAAAAGAUGCCUGGUCCGCCAGCCAAAAAGCGGAAGACCAAGCGCCCCAAGCCCAAACGAAGCAAGCAGCAGCGGGAUUCACGUCCACUUUCAGCGCAAGAGUGGUGGGAGAGGGAGUAUGAAAGGAACUCGGAAGCAGACACAAUUCCAAACCUUCUUGUACCCAACGGCAGCAGAGACCCCAACCCUACGGCAUCAUGGCAGCCCGACGGAGCUCACGAUCAGCAAGUACUCGACAUGCUGAAAGAUAUUGACCCCAUCAAUGCCCGCGCAGCAAUGGACACCACUAUGCUUCUGGAUGAAGGCACUGCCAGGACGCGCGCGGCUCAAGAGGCUCAAUUGAGAGCUAACUUGAAGAUGAUCAACGACAGCAUGGUCCAGAAGGACGCUCGAAAAGAGAUGUCCCUGCUGCAGAAGGCCAUGACGUCUUUCGGCUUUGGAAAAUGCAAAAUCCAGAACGGCAGGUAUUUGCUUCCAGGAAUGAACACUCCUCUUUUCAACCACCAGCUAGUGGGCGUUCAUUUUAUGCUCGGCAAGGAAUUCUCGCCUCUGGGGCCCUACGGCGGUAUCCUUGCUGACCAGAUGGGGCUGGGAAAAACGGUUCAGAUGCUGGCUUGCAUGGCCCAGAAUCAAGGAGAUGGCCCCACACUCAUAGUAGCCCCUGCAGCAGUUAUUGACCAGUGGAAGUCGGAACUGAAGAAGCAUUGUAAGUUUGCUACAAGGAUGUGGCAUUACAGCGAUAACGACAAGAAUCAGAGUCCCGAUACUCUCAAAAAGGAGAAGGUCGUCAUCGCCAGUUACCAGGCAAUUGCAAAAGCAUUCCCGUCUAAUGAGGCUCUUCGGCGUAUCGGCGGCGUGAAGCUGGGUCUUGAAGAAUGGCGGGAGAAAUUAACGGAGAAAAUGGGUGAUGCAUUUCUUGUCGACUGGCACCGAGUGGUCCUUGAUGAGGCUCACGCCAUCAAGAACCAUCUUUCAAGAACUUCAAAGGCAUGCGUUCACCUGCGGAGCAAACAUCGUUGGGCUCUAAGUGGCACACCGAUCCAUAACUCCAUUGAGGAACUCUAUCCUUAUAUGAAGUUUCUAAGGGUUGAGUGGGCUGCAGACAUGAAGGACUUCAAAAAGAAAUUUGGUGGAACCCCCGGUGACGAUGAGAGCGAAAAUUCCAGGCUGGCUGCCGUGGUUCCUUCACUCAUGAUCCGAAGACGUGUCCACGACACUUUUAUGGGUCAGCCCAUCCUCCGCAUCCCCCCUACUCAUCCGGUAAAAACCAUCUCUGUCGAGCUCUCACUGGAGGAAAAGUUGAUCUAUCACCGGCUGGAAGAUCGCUUCUCUGAUAACUUGAAAACCCACGUGAAGGAAGGCGUCAAUACCAAGAAAUUACGCACCUAUUUUACCUACCUCACACGCCUGAGGCAGUGUACUUCGCACCCAUUCCUACUUGAGACAUCUUUGAGACGGGACUUUGAGCUGGACGAUAUUGUUUGGCUUCGGCAGCAGUUGGCCGAAGGAGGUGGACAAACUCCCUUGCAUGCUCACAUCAGCAAAUGGAUACACGACGAGGAAGCCCGCAGACUCCAGGAGGAUGAAAAUGGAGGCGGAGAUGGGGCUUCUCAGGCGACCGGCUUUGGCGAGGGUGCCUUUGGCGGUAUAUUCGAGAUGAAUGAGCAACUGGAGCGAAUCGAGGCUGAGAAGUCGGCAGAGGAUUUGAUGUGUCGGUCAUGCACGGAGCUACCCCAAAACAGUCAAAUUACAGAGCCGUGCGGUCAUACCUUCUGCAAGGACUGCAUUGAGCCAGUGGUUCACAACGCCGAGGCCUCAAACCAAGAGCCAAAGUGCCCGCACUGCUCAGCUGUGGUGAAAACAUACAAGCGAAUGCCGAAGCCCGUAAGUAGAGAUAAGAAGUAUGAAGAAGACACAGACGACGAACCAGAGGAGCAACUGGAUGAGCCACCGCGGGCUCGUGGUAGGCGCAAGAGGAAAGGAAGCACCAAGAAGGGACCCCAACCUGGCGAUGAUGCGCAAGGGAUUCAACCUAGGUCCUCUGAUAUCACCAAGUUCCUCGAAAUCUGCGACCGGAAACCAGAUAAGCCUAUCACACCUAGCGCCAAAACCACAGCUAUCAAAAUGCAGGUUCUCGAAUGGCUUCACAAACAUCCAGAUGAUAAGAUAAUCAUCUUUACGCACUGGGUUCCCCUCGCUCGUAUUCUCGGUCGAGUCUUUGAGGCGGAAAAGAUUAAAUUUCUGUAUUAUUUUGGCAGCAUGGCAAUGUCCAAGCGAAAGACCGCCGUUGACAACUUUACGACAAUGACUGGUCCACUGGCACCGAAGUUAUUGAUUGCGUCCACAAGGUGCGGCGGCCAGGCUCUCAAUCUGACGGCUGCCAACCGGGUCAUUCUCGUGGACCUUUGGUGGAACACGGCAGUCGAGCGCCAAGCUUUUGGUCGUGUGCACCGCAUCGGGCAGACCAAAGACACGUAUUACGUCAAGAUCGUCACGCGCAAGACCAUCGAUGAGCGCCUGCUCGACAUGCAGGCCAGUAAGGACGCCACCAUCUCCGACACACUACAAGAUGGAGAGCACAAGGUGAAGCCGCUUACCUAUGCUGACAUCCGCUACCUCAUUGCCGGAGACGACGACGACAACAACUUUAACAUUCACCGACAGAAAGAGCCUGAAGCUGGCGUGGCCGAGGGCCACGGUCCAGAUGAGCGUGGCAAUAGUGCGAAUGUUGGUGGCGCUGUUCGCCAAGCUCAGAAGCGGCCGCUGGGGUCUGGUGCUGACACUAGAAAGGGCAUCAAGAGGAGGCGCGUUCCGCCCAAACGUCAACCCAAGUCAAGGUAUAGGGCUACAAAUGAGGAUUCUGAGGAGGGCGAGGGCAUGGGAGGUAGUCAAGAACAAGACCUCGACGAGUCUCAGGAUCACCAGGAGCCGACUGAUGGCCCUGACGAGCCCGAUGAGCCUCAGAGUGACGACGAUAUAGUUGAGCCUGAAGGAGCCGACGAGUCCGACCUGCCGCGGCCCAGCAUCGAAGGAGGAAUGGAACAUGCUAAUAUCUCUGUGCUUUACGAAGAUCUUGCCGGCGAUUUUAAUGGUGUGACGGAGACGGAGACAGAGACGAAGGUGGAGGAUCGCGAGAUCCUCAACUCAGCCGCCAACCUCUUCUUGGAUGACGGGGCGGAUUCGGAGGAAGAUUGA